AUGAGUGAAGUUACUGAAGUCAAGUCCUUGAUUUCACAAUCAUCAUCUUCAAACCUUCCAGAUUUCAAAAGAUCCGUGAAGCUCAAGUAUGUAAAAUUAGGGUAUCAUUAUCUAAUAACCCAUGGGAUGUAUAUAUUCUUAUCUCCUCUUGUGAUUGUUCUCGCUCCUCAAUUAUCGACAUUUUCUCGAAAAAAUGUUUACGUUCUUUGGGAUCAUUUCCGAUUCAAUCUCAUAUCAAUCGUCAUAUGUUCAACCCUUUUAGUCUUUCUAUCAACUCUCUACUUCUUAACUCGUCCUCGCCCAGUUUACCUCGUAAACUUCUCAUGUUACAAACCUAAAGAAGAUCUAAAAUGCACAACACAAAAGUUCUUGCAAUUUUUAACAUCAACAGGAAAGUUCACAGAAAAAAGUCUCGAGUUUCAAAAAUAUAUUAUAGAAAGAUCCGGUCUUGGUGAAUCAACUCACCUCCCUAAAGCUAUUCUUCGUAUCCCACCAAAUCCAUGCAUGGAGGAAGCAAGAAACGAAGCAGAACUUGUAAUGUUUGGCGCCAUUGAUGAACUCUUAGCAAAAACAGGUGUCAACCCAAAAGACAUUGGGAUUUUGGUAGUUAAUUGUAGUCUAUUCAAUCCUACCCCAUCUUUAACUUCAAUGAUUGUCAACCAUUACAACUUUCGAGGCAACAUAUUGAGUUAUAACCUCGGUGGAAUGGGUUGUUCAGCUGGCUUAAUCGCCAUUGAUUUGGCAAAAGAUCUUCUCCACGUAAACCCUAAUUCAUACGCAUUAGUCAUGAGCAUGGAAAACAUCACAUUAAAUUGGUAUGGUGGAAAUGAAAGAUCAAUGCUUGUAUCAAACUGUUUAUUCCGUGUGGGAGGUGUUGCAAUUCUCUUAUCUAACAAAUCAUCCGACAAAAAAAGAUCAAAAUAUCAACUUGUACACAUAGUAAGAACACACAAAGGCAUAGAUGACAAAUGUUUUUCAUGUGUGACACAAUUAGAGGACCCAGUUGGGAAUGUUGGAGUUUCAUUAUCAAAAGAUUUAAUGGGAGUUGCGGGUGAUGCUUUAGAAACCAAUAUUACAACAUUAGGUCCUUUAGUGUUACCAAUGUCAGAACAAUUACUCUUUUUUGCAACUUUGGUAGGAAAAAAGGUUUUGAGGAUGAAGAUUAAACCGUAUAUUCCUGAUUUUAAACUUGCGUUUGAGCAUUUUUGUAUUCAUGCGGGUGGAAGAGCUGUUCUUGAUGAAAUAGAGAAGAAUUUGCAGCUUUCUGAUUGGCAUAUGGAGCCAUCAAGAAUGACACUUAAUAGAUUCGGGAAUACUUCAAGUAGUUCACCUUGGUAUGAAUUAGCUUAUUCAGAAGCUAAAGGAAGGAUUAAGAAAGGCGAUAGGGCAUGGCAGAUUGCGUUUGGAUCGGGAUUUAAGUAACAUCUAUUACUACCUCCAAUCACAUCUCCAUCACUACCACCUCUACCUCCACCAUCACCACCGCCACUGCCACGACCUCCACUAUUACCACCAUCUUCACUAACUCCAACAUCGCCACCGCCACCACCCCCCACCUCCACCACUACCUCCAUCAGCGUUACCACCUCCACCUUUGCAUUCGUCGCCUCCAGUGCCACCACCACUGCCUUUGUCACCACCAGCUCCAUUACUGCCACCUCCACUACCUCUACCGCCACCACCACCACAGCCAUCACCUACACCGCUGUUACCACCGCCACCUCUACCUUCUCCAUCGCCAUCACCAUUAACGUUUGUGACAUAGGAAAAGACAAGGGUAGCGGUGGUGCGGAGGCAAUGAUAAAGGUGGUGGCGGUGGUGGUAAAAGUGGAGGUCAACAAAGAUUGA